AUGCAAAACGACACUUUAGAUGCGUUAAAGGCGUAUUUCGAUAAGGUCUAUACGGACAAUGAUAUAUUGCUGGGCCUUCUGAAUUCCUGCGAUGACGACAAGGACCAUCCACCGGAAUAUACUGCUAGUCAGGGCUUUAAAUUCAAUUCAGAUGAUUGGAAGGCGUUCAUAACCUUAGUGGAUGCUGGUCCUAAUUUUGAAUUGCGUGUUGCGGGAGGCGUAUAUCGUUUUGAUAGUAACGCUAUGGGCUUUUGGGAGUUAAUGGUUCAUUCCGCUACUGGGAAGAUCUACGUGGAUGGAAAUCUAGUGACAAGUCAAAGUGUGGAUAACCAGGGAUGGGUCACCUUCACAACCGCAUCAUCCGACAACUUCCGAGUUCAGUUUCAAUGUGAAUUCCCAACGCAAGACCCCCCGGUAACACCAGGCUUUUCAGGAGAAACCUGGAAGAGCGAAAAUGUCGGACAAAAGACCUCCAUUACUGCUAAGCGGUAUCAUCCUUGGGGAAAUUGCUUGGAGAAGGAGUGCACCAGCCAGAUGAUUUCGAACCCACGCAGCGAUGUAUCAGAGGAAACGGCUGUUGCUGCAGUCAAUGUCCGCGAGGAUGCCGCGGCUGAGUCACUGGCGAUGGCUCUGGAUUUAAUUGGCAUCCAAAAGAAACCCACAGGCCUCUCCACUGCAGCCACAACUGUCAACAGUGUUGAUAAAGGCGACCUGUUUCUCGGCACCUUCCACCUCCUAUUCACAGUGGCGGCAGCUGGAGUUGGAGUCUUGUAUUUUCAGCUCAUAGGCGGAGCAGUUGGAACAGCGGCAGGGGGCUUUUCAAUCGGUUUCAUCACGGCUUUGAGAAAUUAUGGCAUCGAGGGAUGCUCCCGUGGCCUCAAAACUGACGUGAAACUAACGUAUGUGGAUUUCGACCAGAUGUUGGAUGAAAGGAUCAGAGAGGUUGUCGGUAAACUGAGUCUGGAGCAGACAAGGGAUCCGGAUCUGUCCAAAAUCGUCAAGGAAAAACUCGAAGGGAAUUAUAAACUUUAUCUACACGAGAAACUGGACGAUGGUGUCUACAAAAGAUACCGUUACUUCAGGAAGUAUUGGACUCGAGAGUUUAAGGAGGCAUAUGCGGCCGCAGUCAAAGAAAAGUGCGAGGAGCAAGUGCCUUCCAUCGAGGUUGAAAGCCUACUCCAACGAUACAUUGACAAAAAAAUGGCGGACCAUGUAUUACCGGACGACAUCUUAAAGCUGGGGGAUGAGAUCAAAUCUGAAGAAACCGACAGAGACAAAAAACUUAGUCAAAUAACGGAUCCGCCUGGUACCCCUGAAUGGAGGGCAAAGGCGAAAGUUAUCAAGGACGAAUUCGAAAAGAAAGCAAAGGACAUUCAAGAUGAUAUCGAUAAAAAAACCAAGGAUAAGACAGAGCGUGAAGAACGUUCUACUGAAUUGAAGUUAAAGGAGGCAAGAAAAGAGGUUACGGAGGAGAUGGACAGGCGACGGAAAGAAUACAAUCAAGGCCGCAUUCGUAAGGAACUGGAGGGAUUGAUCCCUUGA